AUGGCCACUACGUCGGACAAAUCUGAGGAGUCAGGUUCGUCCAACAACUACAAGGUCUUCCUGAAAAAGUGUCUCGGAGGCUCACCCGAUGAAAUCGAGGAACGCGAUCAGAAACUGCUCGGCAUAGAAAGCGAGAUAUUUGCAAUUCCGGAAGCAGAGAAGGAGGAGUCCGGACGAAGCAGUGAUAGUGAAGAGGACACAAAGGAGAAGAACAAUGAGACCGUGUGCUUCGCCAUGGAUGACUCCGACGACGACGGGGACGACGAUGAUGAUGAUGAGUCGGAAGACUGGGACCUCGAGGACGCAUACAACUUCGACCCAGAACGCGUUGCAGAGCUUCUACAGAGGGGCAAUGUGACCGAGGAGGAGCUCGUGGAAACGAUCCAGGUGGGUAUGGCAGAGGCCAUGAUCCAGCGACUUGCGCAAGAGGAUCCGGAAGCGGAGGCAGCCCGUCCGGACUGCCAGGGUGAUCUGACCGGCAGGAUGACCCCGCCAGCGCAGCCGACUGCUUUUGACGCGAACACACCGCCUGAUCCGAAGGAAUUGGCCAACAAGCUGGAGAAGGUGCCUGGCAGGGCGCGCCGGUCAUCAAUGAUUCGUCGUGGCGCCCUUGACGAAGCUGCACGCUCCGCCGCGAAGAAUCACAGGAAAAGCAUUGCUGGCAUUCAAAAGUCCAAGCUGAUCGACGAUGACGCCAACAAGGACAGCAUCCUUCAGGCCGUGGCGAACACCAGGAAACGCAAUCGACUUAGCAUCUGCAAAGCCGUCGAAACGUUGGAGGCUGCAGGCCUUGGCGAGGAGCCCGACAAGGAAGCAGUGGCUCAGCAGCUCGAAAUGGUGCAGAAGUGCCUCCUGGAAGCCAGGAAGAAGCACCGGGACACCGUGGCGAAGGUUGCCAUGGAGACAGUAAGUGGAGGCGAGCCGGCCUCCAAGGACACCAAAGAUUCUAAAGCGGACGAGAAAGAAAAAGGCCCAACAUCUGCGACGACCGACGAAAAGCCAAAGUUCCAGAUGUCAGCAUCCGCCAAAGCCUUUAAUCCCAACCAGCAAAGCAUCGAAGAGAAGAUUCGAAGCGCCGUCAAAGCUGCACACCAGCGCGCAAAGCAAGAGCGGGGCGAAGUGUCAGCACCGCCUCGAGGACAUGACCAGUGGGGAAAUCCGUAUGCCGCGUGGGGAUCUGGCUAUGACGAGACUGGCUACGGCUACGCGCAAGCCUACCAUCCGGGUUACAACCAAGCGACUGCAUACAACCAGUGUUACGACCCGUCGUGGAACAACCAGAUGGGCUAUGCGCAGGGACAACAUUGGCAGCAACCCCAGCAAGCAUGGACCCAGGCAGGCGCCGGUCAAAACUGCUGGGUGACCCCCGAAGGAGCAACUGCUGCGUAUGGCGGGGAUUGCUACAACUACUAUGGCGGAAACUACUCUGGCUACGGUCAGCAUCAGGUUCCGAUUCAGCAAGCAGCAUAUUCAGGCCAGGCCCAUUGGCAAAACGCAGCAUGGGGCGCGGCCUAG